CACAUGGCCCACAUAGAUCAUUACUGUAAUAUAUUAUCUAUGCAUGGCCAAAGUAUACAAAGAGAUGGCUACUCCAUCCACAUCUAGAGAGUGUGACAUCCCUGGCUAUUGCUAUGACGAGACAACCAAAAGAUACUACAAACUACCCCCUCGUCAUUUUGCCAAACUACCCACAUUCAACAAAAUCAUUCCAUCCUCCAAACCUCAAACAGUUUAUACUCCGACAUCAAAGCCGUCACAUGACAUGUCUCUAUAUCACUUGGUUCAGAAAAGGCAGCUUGCCUUGAGUGAUGUUUAUUAUCAGAGGUGUCUUUUUAAAAAUUCGAUGAGGUCCUUGCAACUUGCUGAUACAGCCAAAGUACCCGCUAAUAUAACAAGAGCAAACCAGUUAGAGGUUAACAAAGCUGGUAAUAUCGUUGUACUCGGUUCAUCAAACGCUUAUGAUGAAAAAUAUAAGGUUUAUUGUGGCUGUCUGGGAAAUUCUGAAAAGCCAGUUUUCUAUGAUACGUGGAAAGAGCGCCAUUGUGUUGGUUUUAAUUGGGGCGCUGAUGCAUACAAAUUCAAACUUGACUAUGAGAUACUACCAGAUGGGCUGGGAGAUCAACGUAUAUCCGCUGACGGAUUUCUUGGUGGAUUUCUUCACGAAAUGUUAGAGGUCAUUUUAUUUGAGUCUAAACAUUGUGCUCUGUGCAUUUCGCCCUACAAUAUGGAUACGGACUUUGUGUACGCAGUGGGAAACGAACGUGGUUCUGUUGCUGUAUUUUAUCGUCAAACGACAGCUAAAGGAAAAAUGAUGACGUGCUUAUAUGGAGCCAAGUCACGACAAAUUUGUUGCCCUAUACCUAAACAUGUCCAUUCUGCUAUUCAAUCUCUGGCUUUUGCUGCUGAGGGUAAGAAGUUGUUUGCUGGUACUAAAAGUGGAGUUAUUUACGGCUGGGAAAUACAAAAUGAUCAAUCUCAUCGUUUUGUCAAACUAAAGGAGCGUGAAGAAGGCAAAGUGUUCUCUAGUGUGACGGCCAUCCAGCCUCUCAAGGAUAGCAACUACAUCAUCUCAAGUGCCUUCAACUCAAAGUUGAGUCUAUGGGAUGUGAGGAUGGGAAGAAAGGUGCUCCAGUACAAAGGUCACGUCAACAACUACCAACCAUGCACGAGUCAGCUGGUCGACAAAGACGAGAAGUACCUAUUUGCAGCUGGCAGUGACAAAUGUGUGAGAGUGUGGUCAGUUGGAGAUGGACAGCUGCUACGAACCAUCACUCCUGACGAACUUCCUCCAUGUAUAGGUGAUGAUGACCAGUACCCACCCCCUCUGGUCUGCUACACUGAUACAAUGGGAGGGAAGGGCUAUAACCCAGCACUCAUCGUAUGCAACCACAAGACCCUGGCAUUCUUCAAACUGUAAAACUAACUCUACAACCAAAAACUCUGUUCCAUCAUUUUAACAAUAACGUUUCAGAUUGUUGAUUUUUCUUUUCUUUUUGAGCAUCUUUUUAAGCAUCUUAAUUAUUAUCGUUGUUUUCAUUUCAUCUGUGGAUGCUUUAAAAGUACUGCUGCUAUGAAUUAUAUUGUUUGCUGUUCUUUUCCCA